AUAUCUUAAGUUUUUUUUAGUACUUCUUCAUUAUUGUAAAUACAUUCGUACUAAACUAUAAAAUAAGUAGCAAUUAAAAGUGUUAUUAGUACGUAAAGACUAAUCAUGGUCCACAAUGGAUUUCGAUGAACCUUCCACCAGCCGCGGUGUACGUAGAAGUGAUCUUACCGUUGCAGAAUUAAGAAGGAUGUGGAAUAUUACAAAAGUUGUUCAGACAUUUAGCACUAGGGAGCAAUGCAUUGCCUUUGCGGAACAAGAGGGCUUAAUUUUGAGCAAUAAAUUGUGCCGCAAGCACAAAACACCCAUGAUCCCCACUCUAUUGGGGAAUAAUACGGUGGGAUCUUUUAGAUGCCGUAGAGGUAGCUGCCGUUCGCUGGCCGCAAUAUCGAGGGCCAAAGGCACUUGGUUUGAAAAUGCAAGGAUACCAUUGCCUCAGAUUUUUUAUCUGAUGUUCGCAUACGCUUCUCACUGGUGUCAGACUGAAGUCAGAAAAAACAGCUUUAUAGCUAUUUUGUCAACAGCCACCAUAUGCGAUUGGUACAGCUACUGUCGAGAAGCCGUUGUGUUGUAUCAAGUAGAUCAGGAAGAGGCUGUGGGGAAAAUUGGUGGUCCCGAAAAAAUAGUACAAAUAGAUGAAAGCAAGUUUGGAAAACGAAAAUACAAUAAAGGUAGAAGAGUUGAAGGUCACUGGGUACUGGGCAUGGUAGAGGAUGGGAGCGAGGACUUGAGAUUGGCAGUGUGUCCCGAGAACAUAAGAUCUGCUGAGGUGCUCAUACCUAUUAUCAAGAAGCACGUGGCGGAAGGGUCAAUUAUAUGUACCGACUUUUGGAGGGCAUAUAAUUGCCUUUCCGAUCAUGGGUAUGAGCACCGAAGGGUCAAUCAUAGUGAUCCGGAUAAUCCCUUUGUCGCCCCAGACGGGACACACACUCAAAGGAUUGAGUCACAGUGGCGUGUCAUAAAACGAUACUUUUUAAAGGACAAUUACGCGAACCAACAAAAUUUUACAGAUUUAAUUAUUGAAUAUCUGUGGCUUAAAACUAUACGCAGAAACCACGAAGACCCAUUCGAAAAGCUUUUACAAGCAAUAAAGCAUACAUACCAACCAUAAAUUUGUUUUUGGUUUUAUUU